GUAAAAUCAUCUAUCGAUGUCGUGUAUCGAUACGACAACAACAUCGCUGCUCUCGUUUCUACGUCGUUGCAGUUGAUUAAAAUAAGUUUUUAUUGAAUCGGCAAGUUAAAUAUGCUUAAAUCGUUGUCAAUGCCAUGAUCAAUAAGUGUUCAGUGCCUCUAGUGCUUGGCAAAAAUGUAAAUGCUUAAGUUUUAAUAGCAGAACGUAAAAAAUUCCAUGAACGCCAACCAAAAAAAUCUUUUCCGAAUUGAACAAAUUCAAACUAACACAUAGUGCCGCACUGUUCACACCGGAGCGUUGAUAUAGUACCGCAGCGAGUGCAAGUGAACCAAACAGUGGUAUACGAAGAUAACAUACAUUUGUGUACCUACCUCUCUUCAAGUGAAAAUCCGUACGGAAAUGAGUGAAAUAACGGAUAACGCCAAGGAGACGACGACCACAAAUGAUGUCGAAAAGAAUGACGAGCAGGAAGGAAAUGCGGCUAACAUUAAAGAAUCCAAAGAUAGCGAUGCAGACGUAACAACAAAGGACACGGAUACGGACGCAGAUAGUGUGCAGGCACAAAGCGAGCAAUGUUUAAGCGUAAAGCCCAUUAAUUCCUCAGUAACCACAGUGGAUAUAAAUACGUUAACGCCGUCAACACCAUCACAGACGCCGCCUCAGCUGCUGGCGGCUGAAACAAGUGCAACAACAACUACAGCAACGGCAGCUUCCAGUGGUGGCACCUCUGCAACAGCCAUACCCGAGAAUAUAUUAUCGCCGCCGAAGUCGGAAACACAAACGGAUGAAACAAAUACGGCCACAUCGACCUCUUGCUCUCCAGCCUCUGAGGGUCAGAGAUCACCAAUAGCAGAACCAGAUUUACAGCCACAAGACGAUAAGCCAGCACCAAAAGAGGAGGAACUGGAUAAAGCAACCACAGUUAAUGGCACCAUACCAAAGUCGGGCAAACCGCUGGUAACGGCGCUCAAUAAGAAACUAAACAAGUCCGCCACUACAUCGCCUCGAGCAUCACGUGCGCGUAAACUGAAAGCUUUGCCCAUGUACGAAAGCGAAAUCAGUGACCACAAAGUUGGCAUCAAGUUGUGCAUUAAGAAAUCGGAAGCAGCUGCAGGCGGGGCAGAGAUGCCAGCCACAGGUGCAAUUGCAACGCCAGUAGCUCCUUCGCCAAGAUCCGCAUCGUCAGCAGCGAAACCUGCACGUAAACGAGUACGCAAACCGAAGCAGCAGGAUAGUGACGAGAGCGAAUACGAGCCGCGCAAAAAAAAAGGCGGCAGCGGCGGGAGUAGUAAUAAUAGCGAGCGUCAAAAGCGAAUAUCAAAUGCUGCAGCAGCAGAAGCAGAUGCCGAGCCAAUUGAGCAGAGUGCUUGGGGCCACGGCUUGCCCGAGGAAGUGCUCUUUCAUAUCUUUGAACAUGUUGUCGAUAAGGAGGGUUGCUUGCCCACGCUUUUUCGUCUUGGACGUGUUUGCUCGCUGUGGAGACAAGUAUCGCUUAGGCCCACGCUAUGGCGCACAAUGGAUUUGACCACCUGGAUCAAAGAGAAAUAUCGCACGGAACUCAAAUUAAAAUGGUUUGUGGAUAAUCGUUGCAGUGCGUGCACUGAACUAAAUGUUUCCAAUUGGAAAAUAUCGGACAUUAAUUGUUUUCUGGUCAAGUUGUCUAGUGGGUGUCCCAAUUUAACGGGCAUUACGUUAUCUGGCUGGAAGGGUUUCACAUCGGAUCAUUUAACAUAUCUGGUCGAUAAUAUGCAAAAGCUGCAGCGCUUAGACUUGAGCUCUAUCAAUGUCGAGAUGAAUGCUAGCAAGAGCGCCGUGGGUGUCAACUCGCUGUGCAAUGCGUUGCAGACCAUGGGUAGUCGCUUGACCCACCUUUACUUGGCACAUAAUCGUCUGGCGGGCAUACCCAAUAUUGUCAGCGUUCUAGCGACGUAUUGUCCAAACUUGACGCUCUUAGAUCUCUCGAAUGUGACCACACAGGCUACAUCGCAUGGCGUGCUGUACAUAGAGAAGCUGCAGCAUGGUUGUCAAAAGCUAAAGGUUCUGCGUGUUACCAAUUCACACAUUACGCCUAGUACAGCUGGCAUGCAGGAGAUUAUGGAUUCACCAGGCUUUCCCAAUCUCGAAGAGCUUUCAGUGGCCGCUUUGACUGAUGAAUCCCGUAUCAUAAGUGAUGAUCAUUUGCAGCGCAUCUUGAAGAGCAGCUCCAAAUUGAAGCUUCUGGAUGUACGCAAUUGCACACGACUAACUCACGAGAGUUUAAUACGUUUGCCAGCCUGGGAUAUAAAGCAUUUAUUUCUGUCAGGCUGCUCGGUUACACGUGAUAUGGGGUCGGGUCUGGAACUCAUUGCGUCGAAGUGGGCGCACAGUCUCAUUGAACUGGAUUUGGCCUGGGCAAAUGUACAGCAGCCCAUAGAUAAUGCCUUGCGUGCACUGGCUGAAAAAGGCAAAGAAUCGCCAUUGGCCCACUUAAAUCUGUGCGGCUCAUCCGUAUCCGAGGACGCGGUUAAGGAAAUACUCACGAAUUGUGUGCACAUGAGCUCAAUUAAUUUAGCAUCAUGUCGCGGCUUGCCACGCGGCGUUAAGCGCCUUAUGCAGGGACCACAGGAGCUGCACGAACUGCGCGAGGUACUCGGCGUGCAACUAAAAGUGCAGUAGAGACUAUCACUAGAAUGCAUAACAAUUGCCUCUUUCACCAACAAAUUGAAAUUGUUUUGCAUUCUGUAAUUACAAUUAGGAAAUAGAGACAGAGAGAGAGAGAGCAAAGAAAAGCGUUUAGUGUUGUGUGGUUUCUGUUCUCCACUAUAAUGCAAUAGUCGAAAAUCGCUUCGCAUCUUCCAAUUUCAUGCUUCAAAUUUGAUUUCUAGGUCCGCGCACUCUUGUGUUUUGUAAAUGCAAUAUAUAUGUAUUCAUAAUUUAA